AUUCAUGUUACUUUUCUUUUGUGAAUGUGAUUUCUUAAAAAAUGAAACAGUUAAAACUUACAGGUUUUGUUAUUUUCUUUUUCUUUUUGACUGAAUCCCUAACCUUGCCCACACAGCCUCAAGACGUAGAUGAUGUCAGAAUCACCCAGAAAUUUAUAGAGGAUAACAUUGGAUAUAUCACCAUCAUUGCAUUUGCUCAAUAUAUUCAGGAGGCAUCCUUUGAAGAAGUAGAAAUGUUGGUAAAAGCCAUGACAGGAUACAGAGAUAAAUGCGUGGCUGACAGGACACUCCCAGAGUGUUCAAAAUUAGCUAAUGAGGUUUUACUGGAAAAUAUAUGUGCCAUGGAGGGACUGCCACAAAAGUAUAACUUUUCACACUGCUGCCGUAAGGGUGACUUUGAAAGAAGACUCUGUUUCUUCCAUAAUAAGAAAGCUGAUAUAGGAUUUUUGCCUCCUCUCCCUACCCUGGAUCCUGAAGAGAAAUGCCAGACUUACAAAAAUAACAGGGAAUCUUUUUUGAAUAAUUAUGUCUAUGAAGUUUCCAGAAGGAACCCCUUCGUUUUUGCUCCUACACUUCUAACUGUUGCUGCUCGUUUUGAGGAGAUGACUAAAACAUGCUGUGAAGAACAAGAAAAAGCUAACUGCUUUCGAACAAAGGCAGAACCUUUCGUAUACUAUUUAAAAGCAUUGUCUUCUUAUCAAAAAAAUGCCUGUGGGGCACUUAUGAAAUUUGGACCACAAAUCUUACAAUUUAUAAACAUUGCUGUACUUAGUCAAAAAUUCCCCAAGAUUGAAUUUAAGCAACUUACCUCCCUUCUAGAAGAUGUUUCUUCCAAAUAUGAUGGAUGCUGUGAAGGGGAUGUUGUGCAGUGCAUCCGUGGCAGGAGCAAGGUUAUGAGUCAUAUUUGUUCAAAACAAGAUUCCAUCUCCAGCAAAAUCAAAGACUGCUGUGAAAAGAAAAUACCAGAACGUGGAGAGUGUAUCAUUUACUCCAAUAAAGAUGAUAGACCAAACGACUUAUCUUUAAGAGAAGCAAAAUUUAUUGAAAGUGACAAUGUGUGUGAGAAACGAGAUGCUGACCAAGCGAACUUCAUGGCUGAGUUUCUUUAUGAGUACUCAAGGAGGCAUCCAGAACUGUCCACGCCAGAGCUGUUGAGGAUUGCUAAAGUGUAUGAGGACCUUCUGAAAGAGUGUUGUGACAUGGAAAACCCUCCUGGGUGUUACCGCCGUGCGGAAAAUAGAUUCAAUGAGACAACAGAGAAAAGCCUCAAGAUAGUACAACGAGAAUGUGAACAUUUUCAGAAUUUGGGGAAGGAUGACUUGAAAUACCACUACCUCAUCAAUCUCACAAAGCUAGCCCCCCAGCUCUCCACUGAAGAACUGACCUUUCUUGGCAAGGAAAUGGUGAUAGCUUUGACCACCUGCUGUACCCUGAGCGAAGAGUUUGCCUGUGUUGAUAAUUUGGUGGAUUUAGUUCUUGGAGAGUUAUGUGGAAUAAAUGAAAAUCGAAAUAUCAACCCUGCUGUGGACCACUGUUGUAAAACAAAUUUUGCCUUCAGAAGGUCCUGCUUUGAGAGCUUGGAAGCUGAUAAAACAUAUGUACCUCCAUCUACCUCUCAAGAGUUAUUUACCUUUCAUGCAGACUUGUGUCAGGCUCAUAACGAGGAACUCCAGAGGAAAAAAGACAGGUUUCUUGUCAACUUAGUGAAACUGAAGCCUGAACUUGCAGGGGAGAAACUGUGGUCAUUGCUGGCGGAUUUCACGAAUGUGAUGGAGAAGUGCUGCAAAGCCCAGGAGCCUGAGGCCUGCUUCAAGGAGGAGAGUCCAAAAUUGGCAGCCAAAAGUCAGGCUGCUUGAAAAACAUCAAGUAAAACCCACCUAAGGUAAUGCCUUCUAUCUCAAUCAAAGGCUAAAUGUGCUGGUAACUUCUUUGGUCGUUUUUGCUUUUCCCCUCUCAUGCUUCACUGUCGAUUUCUAGUUCAUCCCCUAGGCCUUGCACUAACAUUUCUGGUUUAUCACCCUGGCCUUGCACUAACAAACCCCAGCACUGCUCCUGUGAUGUGUCUCUGGGUGUCAGUCUCUCUCAGUGGCUGGGAUGGCACUACUGUGUUCGUGCUAGCACUGUCUUACUGUCCCAGCAGUUUUCUGAAUAUCCACUCUUCUGCCUUCCCGCUACUGCACUCAGAUGUCUGGAUCAGAAAAGAAAGGCAAAGAAUCUAUUAAUAUGAAAGUUCACAGGGGAAGGAAGGGGCUGGGAUGGGCAGACAGGCCUCAGCAACUUGUUCUAAGAGCCUUACUGCAGGAUUUACAUAAAAGAAAAUGAUAUGUUUGUAAUUUCAAAAAGGUAUAUAAAGGAUCCCUUUUCCCCUGCAGUUUCUGAAAGACUUAUUCACAGACUUUAGGAACAAAAGGCUGAGUAGAUAAAGCGUGAUGCUCAAUGUCAGGCAAGAGAGACCUCGACACUGCCCCCUGCCUGCCCACAACCUGGCCAGAGGGCAAAAGGCAAAACAUAGUUACCACUAAGAGUUUUUUAUGGCUUUCUAGCCCAUGUAUAUGGUGUAUAUAGCCAUGUACAUGGCUUUCUAUCAUUUCAUAUUCCCUUGCUGCACAAGAUACUGUUUUUUCUUUCCAGGUUUCUCGAAAAAGAGAGGAAGACCAACUUACCUACUUCCUAGCUGUCCUGUGGUGAAUUUCAUUUUCUGAAAAGAACACAGUAAACAGAUUCUUCUGUACCUGUUGUAUGAGACAAUGUUAUUGCAGCAAGCAAUAAACAACAACAUUAUAAAGUUAUUUCUCAAAGACUAAUGUCAUGUGUCAACUUGUUAACAAAAUGAAACAAUCGAGUCAUUCAUUCCAUCAGCAUCAUUGGUUCACUGGCCAAAUUUACUUUUUUUAAUAAAAAUAUUUUUUACUUUUUUCUUUUUAAAUUAAUUUUUAUUGGAGCAUAGUUGCUUUACAAUGUUGUGUUAAUUUCUACUGUACAGCAAAAUGAAUAAAUCUAUGACUUUAUGGGAGA